CGGGAAUGUAAAUAAGGCGCUUAACACGUGACCAGUGUGUCAACACUUGCCGACAUCAGCCGGUUUGUGUUAUUGUUUUUCAUCUCCAAAUUGCUGCAUAUGCAGAAAUACCUAAUACUGUAAAAGUAGUUUGUUUAGGCUGUGUUUUUGGUACUUGAUAUGGAAGUUAAACAAGAUUACGACUACGCUGCUGAAUAUGCGAAAAGCAACAGAUCACAGUGCAAAGGAUGCAAAAGUUUGAUAGCAAAAGAUUCUCUCAGAAUCGCGUUGAUGGUUCAAUCUCCCUUUUAUGAUGGAAAGCAACCCAAUUGGUAUCACUACUCGUGUUUCUUUGGAAAAUGUCGUCCAACGAAUACUGAAGAAAUAAAAAAUUUCAACAGUUUACGAUUUCCCGAUCAAGAAAAAAUACAGGCUCAAAUUGACGGUUUUGCUAGUGGUGCGAAAACUAGUAAAAAAGGACCAAAGAUAAUCUCAAAAACACUCAAAGAUUUUGUGGUUCAGUAUGCAACAUCGAGUCGAAGUACUUGCCGAGGUUGUGAUAAUAAAAUUGAAAAGGAUGAAAUUAGAUUAUCUCACAAGGAGAAACAUCCAGAAAAACCGCAGCUGGGAUUGGUAGAUAGAUGGCAUCAUGUUGGAUGUUUUCUCAAAAAGAAAGAUGACAUGGGAUGGCAGCAACAUUUCACUGCAGAAAUGUUAACAGGUUUUAAUGGAUUAGAUGCUGAAGACAAAGCCAGCAUCAGGAAAUUAUUAGCACCUAAGGAGAAACGAUCUAAAUCAAAAACAGAUGCGAGUGCUGCCUCAUCUGCCUCUGCUCCAGAUCCUGCUAAAGAAGAAUUGAAAAAGAAAAUGAAGAGUCAGUCAAUAUUGAUGUGGAAGAACAUUGACAAAUUGAAAAAACUCGAUAUGAGGAAAGAUGAAUUAAUUAGAUUGCUAGAAUACAAUAAACAAAGAGUACCAACUGGAAUCGAUGCCAUUUAUCUCGCUAUUGGUGAUGGAAUGACUUUUGGUGCUCUUCCACUUUGUACAGAAUGCAAAGGAAAUUUAGUUGUUGGAAGCCACGAUUAUCACUGUACCGGUCAGAUUUCAGAAUGGACAAGUUGUAGUUACAGCACAACUGAGAUUGUGAGAAAUCAAUGGUCAUUCCCAAAAUAUGCUAAAGAAAUGGAUGAUUUUUUUAGCAAGUAUAAAUACAAAAAGCUGGAUAGGGUGUUUCCACCAAGAGCUGCACCGUUACCACUGAAACAAAAGAAGGUGUUGCUUAUUGGAAAAUUAUCAACCUCUAAAAGUGAUAUCAAAGCUGCGUUGGAGAAAUUGGGAGGUGGUGUAACCACUACUUUGGGAAAGGCUUACUUCUGUGUCAGCACCAAACAAGAAGUUCAAGCAAUGGGAAAAAAGAUUUCUGAUGCUCGAGUGCAAGAUGUUUUUGUUGUUUCGGAAGAAAUCAUUACAGCGCUUGAAAGUCAGACCUCUCCACAACCUUUGAUCACUUUUCUCAAAAAAUAUUCCAUUGCUGAAUGGGGAACGGAACAAACAGAUCGAGGUGGUGGUAAAAGGGCAUUAGAAGAGGAAAAAUAUGAAACAAGUGCCAAAAAAAUCAAAAUGGUUGUUAAGUCCGGUGCAGCUGUCGACCCUGAAUCUGGCCUGGAGGAUCGUACUCAUGUUAUGGUCAAAGGAGAUUUGAAAUACACUGCAACACUUGCAAUGGUGGACAUGAAACAUGGAUCUAACUCCUACUAUAAACUUCAGUUACUUGAGUCUGACUCUGGGAAAAGGUUUUACGUAUUUCGAUCAUGGGGUCGAGUGGGUACAUCUAUUGGAGGAACGAAGCUUGACAACUUUUAUUCUGCAGAAAAUGCAAUUAUCAAUUUCCGAGAAUUAUAUCUAGAAAAAACAGGUAAUAAUUUUGGAACAAAAAAUUUUCAAAAGUUUCCGAGGAAAUUUUAUCCACUCGAAAUUGAUUACGGAGAAGAUGACGAAAAACUAAAAAGCUUACAAAGUGCAGGAAAUAAUUCGAAACUACAUGAUGAAGUUCAGAAAAUUAUCAAAAUGAUUUUUGAUAUUGAGAAAAUGAAACGAGCGAUGGUGGAAUUUGAGAUUGAUCUGAAUAAGAUGCCAUUGGGUAAACUCAGCAAACGACAAAUGCAAACGGCCUAUUCUGUUUUACAAGAAGCUUCAGAGUUGAUUGACAGAGGCGAGCUGACAGGACCGAAGAUUCUAGAUUGUUCGAAUCGUUUUUAUACAUUGAUUCCUCACGAUUUUGGAAUGAAGCAACCUCCAAUGCUUGAUAACUUGGACCUGAUAAAAUCAAAGGUGGAAAUGAUAGAUAAUUUGCUUGAUAUAGAGGUGGCAUAUAAUUUAUUGCAAGGAGAUAAAGACGUCAAGAAAGAAGAUGAAGAAGUGGAUCCACUUGAUGUUCAAUACCAAAAAUUACAAUGCGAAAUCAAGCCUCUGGAAAAAGAUCAUGACAUGCACAAAACUAUUGUGAAAAUGGUAAAGAACACUCAUGCCAAAACCCAUUCAGGAUAUUCUCUUGAAGUGGAGCAAGUUUUUGAAGUUGACAGGAAAGGAGAGCGCUCAAGAUUCAAGCCAUUUAAAAGUCUUCCCAACAGACGACUGCUAUGGCACGGUUCUCGUGUCACAAAUUAUGCUGGAAUUUUAUCACAAGGGUUGAGAAUCGCUCCACCUGAAGCACCUGUGACCGGAUAUAUGUUUGGAAAAGGUAUAUAUUUUGCUGACAUGGUGUCAAAAAGUGCGAACUAUUGCAAUUGUUCUCAUUCCAAUCCCACUGGUCUCCUUCUACUUGCUGAGGUUGCUCUUGGAAACAUGUAUGAACUGAAAGAUGCUAUGAACGUGAUGAAGCUACCAAAAGGGAAGCACAGUGUCAAAGGUGUUGGAUCAACAUCUCCUGACAGUAAUCAUGACUUAAUUUUGGAAGACGGAACCGUUGCACAUUCUGGCACUGGAGUCGACACAAAUAUAGACCGAUCAUCUCUUCUCUAUAAUGAAUACAUUGUUUACGACACUGCCCAAGUUAAUCUGAAAUAUUUGGUCAAGACCAAGUUUAAUAUGCAAAGCAGAUGGUGA